UACCGCGGUCGGUUGGAGGAGUAUCACCGCGACCGUGGUGUUGAACUUGUCGCGUGCGCCGUGCUUACGUUGUUCGAUUGAACCCGAUAAGUGCAAUAUAUUCGCAAUCGAAUACAUUAUUAUUAUUAUUUUGGCCGGUUCAUACACGGAGCCACCGAUGAAAUUCUAACUCGUACAGCCAUAUCGGUUUUGGGUCGUUACGAUCGGACGAACGAACAAAAAAGCUAUUAUUAUUAACACGUCCAAAUACUAAACGUACGGAUUGCCGGUUUUGCGAUUUUUAUCUGAGAAAAAGAUUGAGUGAUAUUGAGGAAAAUAACAAAAGUUAUUACAUAGACGAAGUAGCUGAUUUACCAUGGUACUAAUUAGACGGUGUGGUCGAAUCAUAGGCCAUGGAUAUUGGCAAAGGACGUGUUUCGCCCUGAAUAACGGCAUAAGUCAGCCGAACAGACAACGGACCGAAUCCAAAGUGAUCCGGUCACCGUUUUCGGACGUGGAAAUACCAAGUUGUCUGUUGGACGAAGGCGUUUGGGGGAACUUGGAAAGAUGGCCUGACAAAGAUGCGUUGGUGUGCGGUCUCACCAACAGGAAGUUCACGUACCACCAAGCAAGAUUGUCGAGCGAGAGGUUCGCCGCUUCUUUGAAAAAAAGAGGCACGACAUCAGGCCAAGUGCUGGCCAUACUCUUGCCGAACAUUCCGGAGUUUGCCGUAACCGCGUUGGGUGCCAUCGAAGCUGGUUUGGUCGUUACAACGAUCAAUCCGGUUUACACACCAUUUGAAAUCGCUCAUCAGUUCAGAAAUUCUGGUGCUUCGGGUGUAGUGACGAUUCCCGAGCUCUUGCCCAAAGUGAUCGAUGCUCAAAAACUAAUGGCAAAUGAACCCAAAAAGAAACCGAUAUUCGUCGUGUCGAUCAAUCUAGGUGGAUCCAAACCAGAUGGCACGUGGGAUUUUAACGAAAUGCUUGACCCUUCCAUCGACACAUCAAUUUUGAAACGAUCUGGAUCCAACGAAGACAUGGUUUUUUUACCAUACUCGAGUGGCACGACUGGUCUGUCCAAAGGAGUCUGUCUCUCACACAAGAACAUAAUGGCCAACAUAGCUCAAGUGGAUCAUCCAGAAAUAACGCACUUAUUCGAAACGACAGAAAAUUAUCAAGACGUAUUGCCGGCCAUUUUACCAUUUUUCCAUAUUUAUGGUCUUACUAUGAUUAUGUUAAGAGGCUUGGUUAAAGGUUGUAAAUUGGUUUCACUGCCUAAACUCGAAUCGGAUAUAUUUUUGAAUAUUCUUAAAACUUACAAGGCAACAGUAUUGUAUGCGGUACCACCAGUUGUGUUGUUGUUAGGGCAACAUAAAAAUGUUACCCAAGAACACUUUGAAAGUUUAAGAAUUAUUUGUAAUGGCGCUGGUCCUGUGAAAGAAGCAGAUGCCGAAAAAGUACUUGCUAGAUCCCACAACAAAAAUCUACGUUUUUGUCAAGCUUUUGGUAUGACUGAAGCUUCACCUGCAGUAUUCGUGUCUAGAAAUGCUGACAUGAAUGAUCAUUUAACUGUAGGUCCUCCUAUACCUAACACGUUAGCUAGAAUCGUCGAUACGACAGAUUCUACAAAAGAAUUUGGUCCCGGAGAAAUUGGUGAAAUUCAAGUAAAAGGACCACAAGUAAUGAUUGGCUACCACAAUAACCCACAAGCUACGGCUGAUAUAUUAAGUCCCGACAAAUGGCUAAGUACCGGUGAUAUUGGUUACUACAAUGAAAAAAAUGAAUUCUAUAUAGUAGACCGCAUUAAAGAACUAAUCAAAGUCCAAGGAUAUCAGGUACCUCCGGCUGAACUAGAAGGUCUGUUGAGGACCCAUCCUAACGUAGUGGACGCUGCAGUCAUUGGCGUGCCAAACGACAGGACGGGCGAAGCACCGCUGGCGUUCGUCGUGCUGGCCGAUGGGUCGUCGGCCACGGUUAGCGAGGAAGACGUGGAGAAAUUCGUGGCAGAACGCGUUGCGCCCUUUAAGCGUAUCACGGCGGGCGUGCGGUUUGUCAAUACGUUGCCCAAAAGUGCGGCUGGAAAAAUACUGCGGCGAAUCCUUAAGGACGAGUACUUGAAGAACGUCAAGUGACAGCCGUGCUAAACGACAUCCGGGGCCCCGUUACGACAAUGCCGAUAACAAUGAUAAUAUUUGGGUGCCUAUUUUAUACGCCGCACAAAUGACUUCCGUACGGGCAAAAUUUAUAUUUUUCGGCUAUAUAAUAUUAUUAUAUAAUUAUUGUACGUAUGCCCGGAAAUCGUCUAUACGAAGUACAAAUUAGGCCCUUUGAACAAAAUGGAAAAGGCAAAAAAGAAACAUACCAAAAUAGAGAGAGAGAGAAAGAGUAAGAGAAGGAUAAAACAUUUUGUCUUGGUAACAUAUAUAACUAUAUAACUACAUAGUUAGCUGAACUAACUAACUAAAUGGUUAUGUUUUGUCAUGCCGCGUGCAGUAUUUUCUGAUUGUUGUUAAUUUUCCACUCAUUGAUAUUAUUUCAUUGUUAUAAUAUUGUCUCGCCCCGGUGUGGUUGCACUGCACAUGUAUAACAUAAUAUUAAUUUGUUUACAGUUUAUCAUACUAAUUUUGUAUUGUAUGUUAAAAUAUAUUAUUUAUACAUUUUUAAUAAAAUAAUUGUUGGGAACUAACUUUGACGCGAUAA